UUAGAGCAGUGGGAAUUAUUUAAAAAUAGAUCAAAAGAUGAUUGGAGAGACAUUCUAACACGUCUUAAAAGGCCCUCAUUUAAUUAUAUGUUUGUAUAUUUAUUUAUAUAAAUUGGCAGUAAAAAGCCGUUGUGAGCUGUUAAAUAAACUAGUGAUUUUAAAGCUUAGUGAGAGAUUAUUUGUUAUAGUUAUUGUUGUCACUCCGCUCAUUGUUGCCUGAGCGCUGGCAGCAGUGACACCACGUGACUCCCGUAGCGAGGGCCUGCUGCUGUUUGUUCAGCCACAGAGGCAGAGAAGAAAAAUGGCGGCUCAAGGCGGACCUGGACGGGACGCCGGGCUAACGUUUUGAGCUUUUAUGCCCGAAGAACACCGGAGGCUCCACGGGGUCUCUGCACCGUCGGGAUCCUUGCCGACUGAGCUUCACGGCCGUCGCGGUUUCGCUCGCGUUUGCGUAUGCCAAACCCACGCACGGAGGGAUUUUAAAAAUAAUAGAGCUCGUCUAUCAUGAGAGGGAAAAGGGGCAGGCAGGCCAAACCGCUACAAACCGAAGAACCGUCCCCAGCUUCCACCAGGGGCUUACGACCGAGGAGGAACCUGAAACCCCGGUUUCGGGACAGUGGGGAUGAGGACGGUGAUAGCCCCAUCAGGGAGAACCCCAAACCGAACAGAAGGAGGAGAGGGGGGUCUGGAGCGUCAACGCGGGGCAGAGGACGAGGCAGAGGCGGCGGCGGCGGUAGGGGAGGCAGAGGCGGACGGGGUGGAAGGCGGACGGGGGCACCCAAAACAGUGGUGUACGACGACCACGAGAGCGACGAGGACGACGACGCGGUGAGCCUGAGGUCUGAGGAGGACGAGUUUGUUGAAGAGGAACCCCAGUCUGAGGAGGACGAGGGCCUCAAAGAGGACUCCGACUGCCUGGAAGAUGAUGUGCUGGACGAGGAGGAAGAUCAAGAUGCUGCUAGCUACUGCACGGAGAGCAGCUUUCGGAGCCAGAGCACACACGCCAGCACUCCGGGGAGGAAAAAACUGCCAGUUCCCCGUCCUCGCACUCCCAUUCUCGAGGACAAAGAGAUUCCUUCUCUUGAGCUUCCAGAGACUUCCGAGGACCUCCUGGUGCCUAACGAGGAGCUGCUCAACAUUACCUCCAUCUACGAGGUCCUACGGAACUUCAACACGGUGCUGCGUCUCUCCCCCUUUCGCUUCGAGGACUUCUGUGCAGCGCUGGCCGGACAGGAGCAAUGCACGCUCAUUGCAGAGACCCACAUAUCCCUGUUGAAAGCCAUCCUCCGUGAGGAGGACUCUUCCAACACUACCUUCGGCCCUGCGGACCUUAAAGACAGCGUCAACUCCACUCUGUAUUUCAUAGAUGGGAUGACGUGGCCUGAGGUGUUGCGGUCUUACUGCGAAAGUGACAAGGAGUACCACCAUGUUCUGCCGCACUUGGAGAUGGACGGUUAUCCUUGUGGUCCUCUAGAAAGCAAGGUCAAGGUUCUACAGUUCUUGGUGGAUCUGUUCCUUACCACCAACAUUGCUCGCGAGGAGCUGAUGUCAGACGGAACGAUGCAGUACGACGACCACUGCCGGGUGUGUCACCGGCUAGGCGACCUGCUGUGCUGUGAGACCUGCUCGGCAGUGUACCACCUCGAGUGUGUGAAACCGCCGCUGGAGGAGGUUCCCGAGGACGAGUGGCAGUGUGAGAUCUGUGUGGCGCACAAGGUGUCUGGGGUGUCGAACUGCGUGACAGAGGCACAAAAAAACAGACCGUAUAUCCGCCAGGAACCCAUUGGAUACGAUCGCCACCAGAGGAAGUACUGGUUUCUCAUUCGGAGGAUUAUUGUUGAGGAGGAUGGGGAGCACGAGAAGAAGAAGAUCUGGUACUACAGCAGCAAGGUGCAGCUGGAGGAGCUCAUGGAAUGCCUGGAUAAGGAAUACUGGGAGACGGAUCUGCACGCCACCCUGGAGGAGCUGAUGGAGGAGGUGCAAGCUCACAUGGACAUCACAGAGGAGCUGACUCACAGAGCCCGGGGAAACAAUAAAGCCUACCUCACAACUGCCAACGAUGUGGUCACGGAGCGUCUGAAGAUCAGGCGGGCGGCGAAGCAAGAAGCUAAGAGGAGAGCAGAGGAGGCAAAGCAGGAAGCUGAAAGCGCCUCCAUGAAUCCAGCGGAGGAGAAAGCCCAGCCCUCGUCGGAGCUUGAGAAGGCGGAGGGAUCCGAGUCGAUGGGAGACGGGAGCUCACAAGCCGCUUCUGUUCAACCUGCCGCAGGAGAUAACCCCGCCUCCACUGCUCAGGACCCCCCUGCACCUAAAGCAGACUCGCUUGAUUCCAAACAUAAUGAAGCACAAGCUGCUGAUUGUGAGACCCAGGAGAGCGGGGAGGUGAAGCAGGGAAGGACAGAUGAGCUCAAAGAAGACUCGCUCACACCGACCCAAGAUCCUCCCCAUCAGCCCGAAGCACCUGGUGACCAGAAUCCUGCAGGUGUGGGCCUCACAAAACCAGAACCGGCGGACCUGGCUGACCGGUCCUCCCAGUCCUCAUACACCAGCCAAGACAGGACCGACGACAACGAGAGGAUGAAGAACGGCAGAGCUGCAGGAUCUGAGCUGAAGGCCCCGAUAUCCAGAGGCAGCAAAGAGUCGUCCCCCGUCCCCUUCGACUGUGACAGCUGGCGCCUCAGCCUCCUAAAAAGAGAACUCACAACGAGUUUGAACAACUUGUUCAAACUGGGUCAAGAAGGGAAAUACAGGGUCUACAGCAACCAGUACAGCAUCAACCUGCUGGCACUCAACAAGCACCAGCACCGGGAGGACCACGACAAGAGGCGGCACCUCUCUCACAAGUUCAGCCUGACCACGGCGUCCGAGUUCAAGUGGAACGGCUCCAUUUACGGCUCGAGGAGUCUCACCGUUUCCACGCUGCGUCUCACCAUCAUCCAGCUAGAAACCAGCGUCCCGGCUCCGUUCAUGCACCCCAACUGGGCGUCGCACAGAAAUAAUUGGAACAAAGCGGUCCAGAUGUGCAGCAAAGCCCGGGAAUUUGCUCUGGCUUUGGCGAUUCUGGAAUGUGCAAUCAAGCCCGUGGUUACACUCCCCAUCUGGAAAGAUUCACUCGGACACACAAGGCUGCAUCGCAUGACCGCCAUGGAGCGGGAAGAGAAGGAGAAGGUAAAGAAACGAGAGAAGAAACUGGAGGAUGAAGAGAUCCUCCAACAAGCCACGUGGGUGAAGUACACCUUCCCCAUCAAACACCAGGUCUGGAAGCAGAAGGGCGAGGAAUUCCGGGUGACGGGAUACGGGGGCUGGUGCUGGGUCAGUAAGACCCACGUUCCGCGGUUUGUCCCGAAGCUUCCAGGAAACACAAACGUGAACUACCGCAAAGAACUGGAAGCUAAAAGGAGUAAAGAAAAUGCUGCCGGUCGCACAAACGAGCAGAAAGAUUUGACACAAGCGUCCAAAACUGGUGAGGAUGAAGAACAUCCGUCCUCAACAGCCAAACCCAACUGCAGUUCUGUAGAAGAGGACAGCAAACCUCAGACCAUCAAAGAAGAGGAGCCGGGAAAACCAGACGAGAUGAAAGAAGAGGAAAAAAUGGAAGUUGAAGCUUCAACUUCUGCUUCAACGGAGACUAAAGAAAAAGAUCAACUCAAAGAGGCUGUUAUAGAGGAGAUAAAGCAGAAAUCUGAGCCACCCAAGACGGAGAACGCAGAGUCCAAACUUUUCUACGACGUUGUGAACGUCAGCGAGGGCUUCCAGCUGCGGACGGCUUACAAGAAAAAGGUGAAGCCGUCCAAACUGGACGGACUCUUGGAGCGGCGAGUCAAACAGUUCACGCUGGAGGAGAAGCAGAGACUGGAGCGGUUGAGACUGGCAGCACUGCAGCCCAAAACGGCCCCAGCCGCUGCUGCAAAGCUGCCUGCAGUUAAAACCGAAGGUUUAAAAAGACCAGAACCUGCCGUGACCCCAGGGGUCAAAGCGGAGGAGGAGAGUGUGCAGGUGAGGGACCACGUGGUCAAAAAACUGGACUUUGAUCUGGAGCACGCCAACACGACCAGCAGUGCAGACGCCAAAACGCAAGGAAUCCACGGAAACAGUGAGGACGUCCACAAAGAACUGAAUGGAGAACCCGAACCCAACCGCCACAAGAACUCUGAGGACGCUCCAGUCGAGGAGGUUUCUAAGAAGCGAAGCUUCGAGGAAAUUAAGCAGAGCAGCAGAAACUCUGACACUGAGAGCUCCGAGGGGCCCCAAAGUAAGAGCAGUCCAUCGCAGGUCAAUGGAGAAACUCCCCCAGAAGAUCCAGACAUCAGCUCCGACUCUGCCAGCCGAGUCCAGGAGGACGUGAAAGAGCCUCCGAGAGAACAUCUAAAGUCUCUGAUGAACGGGAACCUCUCACAGAAAGAUCUGUCCAACAUGGCUCACCCGCCCCCCCUUAAAGUCCCAAAGUUAGAAAACCACGUUGGAGAUGAACCCCAAAACCAGGAGGGGCCAGAACCAACUAAGCUGGAACCGCCAGCUUCUCUGGGGAGUAAACAUCCAGAAAACUGCACCAGCAGUGAAACUUUGAAGACUUCCAUUCCCAACGCCACUCCACAGGAACCCAAAAACCCGCCCCUUCAUGACACACCUGACGUGACGUCCAGCAAGCCACCUCCCCCCAACAACCAGCACAGUUCUGUAGUCACCUCCUCCCUCAAGAAAAGAUUUGGCGACGCCAAAGGCAGCUCCUCUGCCGUGGCCCCAGCUGUUUCCAUGACCAUCAGCAAGGAGUAUUCCACCAGAGACCGCGUCACCCUGCUUAAGUUUUCCAAAACCAAGAAAGCCCGCUCAGGAACGGCCCUGCCAUCCUACCGCAAGUUUGUGACCAAGAGCAGCAAGAAGAGCAUCUUCGUUCUGCCCAACGAUGACCUGAAGAGGCUGGCCAGGAAGGCCGGCUUCAGAGAAGUGCCCAUCUUCAACUACAACGCCAAGCCGGCCACAGAUAUCUGGCCGUACCCGUCACCGCGACCCACCUUUGGGAUCUCCUGGAGGUACCGUCUGCAGACUGUGAGGUCUCUGGCAGGAGUCAGCCUGAUGCUGCGGCUGCUGUGGGCCUGCCUGAGGUGGGACGAUAUGGCCAUCAAGCCGUCGUCUGCUGUAGGAACAACCCGCAAAGAAACCACGGACACGGACAUCAUCACAACAGAGAUCAUUAAACGAAGAGAUGUGGGACCUUAUGGCAUCCGCUCAGAAUACUGCAUCAGGAAGAUCAUCUGCCCCCUGGGAAACAGAGACACCCCCAAAGCAGAAACUCCAACUCCUCAGAGGAAAGGUCUGCGUUCAAGUGCCUUGAGGCCCAAAAAGCAAGAGCCGGCCAAACUGUCUGGACCUGUCGCCGUGGAGACGUGGGUGCCUGAGGAGGAACUGGAGUUAUGGGAGAUCCGAGCUUUUGCAGAGAGAUUGGAGAGAGAAAAGUCCCAAGGAAUAGACUCCUCCAAAAGCAGCACUCUCAAGACCGCUGAGGAAGUGAAGGCCCAUCUGGAGAAUCAGCUGAAGCAGGCCAGACUGGCGGCUCAGCAGAAACGCCUCGAGCAGCCUAGACUAAACACAACUGCUGCCACUUCCACGACCACCACCAUCACCACCACGGUACCCAGCACCCCUACCCCCCUGAGGUCAGGACAGGCUGCCACUGGAGCCAAAAUGGUGCUGGCCUCCAAGCUCGGCUCCCCAGUUUCCUUCCAGCAAGACAAGAACUUCCACCAGUCCUUUGCUUCCUGGGUCAAACAGGGUCAGAACAACAACAGCUCUGCAGGUGCAGGUCAGCAGAAAGUUGUCAGCAUUUUCCCCUCUGGGCCUCCAGCGAAUCUUAGGACCUACAGCGCACUACACCCUACAACGGGCAACAUCAACCUCAGAUCUGCACCCCCGUCCUCAAACACUCAGCAGCAGGCUGUCACCACAGGAGGCCAGACGACGCCGAGCACAACGGCGACCGUUUCUCCAUCUACCUCCACCAUGAGAACUUCAGCUCCAGUUCAACAAGCUUCACCUCAGCAGGCUUUGCCCCAGAUGAAUCGUAAUCUUCAACCAGCCGCCACAGGUUCUGCCGCAGCGCCAUCUCCUGCCCCUGCAGGACAGACCUUUGCUGCUCCGGCCCAAAAACCCCAGCAGGGUCAAGUAAAGCUGACGAUGGCUCAGCUUAUGCAGCUGACACAGGGGGCACAGGGAGGAAACCCAGGACUAACGGUGGUGAUUCAGGGUCAAGGCCAGACCCAGGGGCAGCUUCAAAUCAUCCCACAGGGCGUUACUGUCAUCCCCGGUCCUGGUCAGCAGUUAAUGCAGGCCGCCAUGCCCAAUGGUCAGGUGCAGCGCUUCCUCUUCACACCUAUGACCCCGUCCUCCUCCGCUGCACCUUCCACUAGUGCUGCUCCAGCAAAACCUGUCCUCGCCCAGACCCCUCAGACCCAGAUACCCGCCCAAGUCCAAGCACAAGUCCACACCACUCCAUCCUCUCUGGCCCAAACACAAAUGACUGCACCACUGCCUGCCCCGAUACACGCCACAACCCCAUCACCAAGCUUAAGCUCCGCCCACAGCCCGGUUUCUGCUCCUGUUCGAACCCCAGUGGUUGCCUCUGCACCUGCUCCGCCCCAGGCUGUGGCUCAAUCUGCCCUGCAAACACAGAUUCCUGUCCCAGCACCAUCACCUGUUCCAGCUCCGUCACCAAGUUUGGUUGGAGCGCAGCAUUUAACCCCCACCUCUCCGUCAGUUUCCAUCCAGCCUCCAUCAAGCCCGAGUGUGACUCCCAGACAAGUCCUGGUCUCACAGCCCACACAGAACCAAACCAGCGCCCACAUCCCUGCCAUGACACCUAGCACCACCCUGAUGCCCAACACCUCCCUAAUACCCAACACCGCCCUGACGCCCAACACCUCCCUAAUACCCAACACCGCCCUGACGCCCAACACCUCCCUAAUACCCAACACCUCCCUAAUACCCAACACCUCCCUGAUGCCCAACUCUACCCUAAUACCCAACACCUCCCUGAUGCCCAACUCUACCCUAAUACCCAACACCGCCCUGACGCCGAGCACCACCCUAAUACCCAACACUGCCCUGAUACCCAACUCCACCUUUACUCCCAACACCGCCCUGACGCCCAACAUCACUUUUACAUCAAACAGCGCCCUAAGAUCCAACUACGCCCUGACCACCAGCUCCACCCUAUUACCCAACGCCGCCCUGACAGCCAUCGCCUCUGUGACGCCCAACACCACCCCUACACCCAAUACAGUCCUGAUGGCCAACACUUCCCUGACACCUAGCACCAGCUUUACACCAAACACCACUCUGGCCACCAACACUUCCCUUUUAGCUAACAUCACCCAGACAGCCAGCACCACUUUUACACCCAACACCACCCCUGUUAAGACUACAAGUUUGCUUCCAGUCCCGAGAUCCCAAAUCCAGCCUCAGUCCUUCAGUGCUGCUCCAAGCUUAAUCCCAACCUCUGUUCCGGUGCAAAUCUCUUCUUCAUCUGCAGUGACCGUCAGGUCUCUAAUCCAAGUUGCUUCUGCAGCACCUCCACCCAUCUUGACCCAAAUCCCAGUUUCUCCCUCACUUCCUUGCCCCGUCCAGGCUCCAACGUCUGCCCUCACACCUAUUUCUGCUCCAGUCAUGACUGCUCUGUCUGCGCAAAGCCCCGUCCCAUCACCCGCCAAGCCAGCAACCCAGAUCCUCGCUGCAGUUUCUGUUCCUCCACUUGCAGCCGUAGCAAACGCUGUUGUGACACCGGUCACAGCCACCUCCACCACACCUUCAGUGCCAGCUCGGAUAGAGCAGAAGGCCGCUCAGCCCCAAGUCUGGCCUCCAGCCUUUUCGGAACCUCAGACUGCGGUUCAGACAGCUCAGCAGGCUGCAGCUCCGGUCACACCACCUGCCCUGGUGUCUGUACCUGCCUCUGUCUCAGUCCCCACAGCCUCCCCAAUCACUCCUUUGCCUCAGCCACCCCUGACUCCUCCCCCUCAAGCACAAGCCCAGCCCACUGCUGUGAUAUCCACACAGCAGCUGCCACAGGCCAUCUCAGCAGUGCAGGUUCAUGUGAAGGGGUUACCCGUCUCCUCUGUGGUGUCCCCCACCAGACCCACGCAGCUUCUGCACCAGGCCCAAAUGUGCACACAGGCUCAGCAGAUGCCACACAUCCAGACUCCGGCUCAGAUUCACCCCCAGAUCCAGGUUCAGUUCCAGCCGAGAGGACUUCAGCCGCAAACUCAAAUCCAGCUUCAGUCUCCAACAAAAACUGUGGCCCCCCUACAGACUCAAACCCAAGCACAAUUCCAGGCCCAGCUCCACGCAGGGCAGCCUCAGUAUCACCAGGUUCAAGCAUCAUUUCAGGCAAAACCACAGACAGAACCACAAGUUCUAUCUCAACCUCAGACCCAAAUUCAGCUUCAACCUCAACCCCAGAUCCAAACUCAACUCCAUCCCCAAGUCCAGCUUCAGCAGCAAAACCAAGUUCAGUCUCACACGGCCCUGCAGCCCCAGCUCCACAUUCAGUCACAUGUCCAAACGCAGCCCCAGUUUACAGUACAGGCCUCACAACCGGCCCGGGUCACGCAGCAGCUCCAGGUCCAAGCUCCGGCCCAAGUCCAGGCCAAACUCCAAGUCCAGUUCCAACCUCAAAGUCAGUCUCAAGUCCAAACACAGCCUCAGAUCCAGGUCCAGUCCCCCAUCAGGCAUCAACUCAUUACUGUUCCAGGUCUCCAACAGCCGGUCCAGCUGCUGUCCGCUCUGCCGCCGCAUGUGGCAGCUCAGAUCCAGGCUCAGAUCCAGGCGCAAGCCCAGCAGCAGGGAGGCGCCGUUCCCCAGCAAAUCAAGCUGCAGCUCCCCAUCCAGAUCCAGCAGAAAACUGGCCCAAUUCAGGCCCACCAAAUCCAGAACAUGGUGACCAUUCAGACGUCGGCAGGAGUCCAGGAGCAGCUUCCGAGGAUUCAGCCGCAGCAGCAAGUCCAGCAUGUGCCAAAGAAGAAGAAACCCCACGAGGCUAAAAGGGAGCAGAAGGAGCAGACCGCGCAGGUGCUGAGUCCUAAAGACGGCUCGCAGAAACAGGUAAUACUGAAGCAGAAUUCUGCAGCAGAACAGCUGAAGCAAAGGAAGACGCAGGCUGCUGCAGAACGAGAGGAGAACCAGAGAAUGAUCGUGUGCAACCAGGUGAUGAAGUUCAUCCUUGACAAGAUCGAAAAGGAUGAGAAGCAGGCCGCUAAGAAAAGGAAAAAGGAAGAGGUGGUGGAGCAGAAACGCUCCAAGCAGAACGCCACCAAGCUGACCGCCCUGCUGUACAAACACAAAGAGCAGCUGAAGGCUGAAAUCCUGAAGAAGAGGGCGCUGCUGGACAAGGAGCUGCAGCUGCAAGUGCAGGAGGAGCUGAGGAGAGACUUGGCGAGGCUACAGCGGGAAAAGGAGAAGGCCCGAGCCGCCAUCGCCCAGGCCGCCGCAGCAACGGUAAAGGCAGCCGCCGCCCAGUCCUCUCACCUGGUUCAGCCGCCACAGAUCCCCCACGCCACGGCGCCUCAGUCCUCCACCCACAAGCGGAAGCGAGAUGACGAGAGAGAGAAGGAGAAGAGCAGAGAUCGGGACAGACACCACGAGAAGAGCAAGAAACGUGACAAAGACAGAGACCGGCACCGAGAACGGGAGCGGGAGAAGGAGCGAGAUCAGGAGCGCGACAGACACCGAGAAAGAGACAAAGACGAGGACAGAGACAAGGAGCGAGACUCCAAACACAAAAAGAAGAAGAAGAAACUGUCUUCUACCUCAAAAGAUCACAAGAAGGACACCAAACUGUACUGUAUCUGCAAAACGCCCUACGACGAGUCCAAGUUUUACAUCGGCUGCGACCUGUGCUCCAACUGGUUCCACGGCGCAUGCGUCGGCAUCACAGAGAAAGAAGCCAAGAAGUUGGAGGACUUUGUGUGCAACGACUGCAAGCGUAGCCAGGAUGGAGGCUGCAGCGAGGAGCUGUACUGCAUCUGCCGGACGCCGUACGAUGAAUCUCAGUUUUACAUCGGCUGUGACCGCUGCCAGAACUGGUACCACGGGCGCUGUGUGGGCAUUCUACAGAGUGAAGCCAAUCACAUCGACGUGUACGUCUGUCCACAAUGUCAGUCCACAGAGGACGCCAUGACGGUUCUCUCGCCGCUCACAGACAAAGACUACGAGGGCUUAAAAAGAAUAUUGCGUUCAUUACAGUCACACAAAAUGGCGUGGCCUUUCCUAGAGCCGGUGGAUCCCCACGACGCCCCAGAUUAUUAUCGGGUCAUCAAGGAACCAAUGGAUUUCUCCACCAUGGAAACCCAUCUGCAAAAGCGACAUUACCAGAAGCUCACGGAGUUCGUGGCAGAUGUGACCAAAAUUUUCGACAACUGUCGCUACUACAACCCCAACGACACCCCCUUCUUUCAGUGUGCGGAGGUGCUGGAGGCCUUCUUUGUGCAGAAGCUGAAAGGCUUUAAAGCGAGCAGAUUGUCAGAUUCUUAAGUGGGCCAGUCUAGCUGGAGUCUGGACUGGAUGCCGGGGUCUCUAGUGAUCUUUAAACCUUCAUUUUUGUGUUUGUUUUUUAAAACAGAAAAAAAAGAUCACAACUACUGAUAAUGAAACAGCAGCCAUGUUGACAUUUCAUUUCGCUGUUCUCUGAUUGACAUUCAGUAGGAAGGAUUCAGUGGGAUUUUAAAUGCAUUUGGGUUUCUAACAUGUAUUUAUUUGCUAAACAUCUCAGUUUUGGAUUAGAUGUGUUGAGUAUGUUGUCUACAAUGUAUAAAGCUGCACAUUUUAUUAUGAAAGAGAUAUAUUUAUGCAACUUUUCUAUGUUCCUUCACCUUCAGUUUGACCCGUCUGCAUACUAAAGUGAAUUUAUGUACAUUUUAUUAUGCACAGGAGAUUGGUGGUUUUAAAUAAUAAUGAAAACCAAACAUUUUAGGAUUUUUUUAAAUUCUAAACUCUACUACAAGAAAGAAGGAUUUCUUCCCACUGUCCCUGACUUUGUAGCUGUGGAAAAACCACCAAUAAAUGCAUUCCAGUGUCAUCACGCCAACAUGGCUGCAUGAUCCUGACCCUCCUGCA